AAACAGUGAAUUGUCUGGUGCUUCCUUUGUUAAAGCAGCAUCCAUGACUAUGAACUUGCUACUUCUAGUUUUUAUCCUACAAUGCUGCUUGGUAGCUAGCCUUUAUCAUCCCUUAGACCCUCUCAAUCCAAAUGAAAUUGAUCGAAUAAGGCUCAUUAUUCAAAAUUCUAGCCUUGGCAAUCUUCCGAAUCUAACCUUUCAUUUUGUUGAUCUUGAAGAACCAGAAAAAGGAGAUGUACUCAAGUGGCUAUCUUCGUCUGAGCAAAAUAAAUCUAUUCCUCCUCGUCAUGCCAAGGUGGUUAUUCGAGUUAGAAGGGAGACUCGUGAGCUCAUUGUUGACUUGGCCACAGGCACUAUCACAUCGGACCGUCUCUACUCCGGUCAUGGAUACCCUCCUCUCGCUUUUAUUGAACUUUUUCGAGCUAGCAAAUUGCCACUGAGGUAUCCCAAAUUCAUCGAGUCCAUUAUGAAAAGGGGCUUGAAUUUGUCCCAGGUUUCUUGCGUACCAUUCACCGUUGGUUGGUAUGGACAAAAUGUUACAAAACGAGCGCUUAGAAUUGCCUGCUUUUACCGUGGGGGAUCAGUUAAUGUGUUUGCGAGGCCUAUUGAGGGAGUAAGUAUGCUAGUUGAUGUUGAUUCCAUGCAAAUUACUAUGUACACUGAUAGAUUCAAGGCCCCUCUACCUAAAGCUGAAGGAACAGAUUUCCGUUCAAAGAAGCAGCCUCAGUCUAUCGCAUCCAACGUAUCAGAUAGCGGGUUUACCGUUGAUGGUCACAGGGUUAGAUGGGCAAAUUGGGAUUUUCAUGUAGCAUUUGAUGCUCGGGCAGGAAUUACUAUAUCAACAGCCUCAAUAUUUGAUGCAAAAGUAAAGAAAUUUCGUCGAGUACUAUACAAAGGUCAUGUAUCUGAGACGUUUGUUCCUUAUAUGGAUCCUACUAGUGAUUGGUAUUUUAGGACUUUCAUGGACAUAGGUGAAUUCGGAUUCGGCCGAUCUGCUGACACCCUCCAACCACUAGUCGACUGCCCAGCUAAUGCCUUUUAUUUAGAUGGAUACGUGACUGGUGCGGAUGGGCAGGCGCAGAAAAUGCCUAAUGUCAUCUGCAUUUUCGAGAGAUACAGUGGUGAUAUAGCAUGGAGACAUACAGAAAUUAAUGUUCCUGGGAAAGUGAUAAGAAGUGGGGAGCCGGAAAUCAGUUUAGUGGUAAGGAUGGUGGCUACUGUGGGAAAUUAUGAUUAUGUUCUUGAUUGGGAGUUCAAGAAAAGUGGCAGCAUCAAAGUUGGGGUGGACCUGACAGGAAUAUUAGAGAUGAAGGCCACCUCGUACACAAACAACCACCAAAUAACGGAAGAGGUCUACGGCACCUUAGUGACGGAGAACACCAUUGCCGUCAACCAUGACCACUUCCUCACGUACUACCUCGAUCUUGACGUUGACGGUGACGGCAACUCAUUCGUCAAAGCAAAACAACAAACGGCAAGAGUACCAGCGUUUAACGCUCCCUCCCCAAGAAAAAGUUACUGGACGGUCGUCAGGGAAACUGCCAAAACUGAAGCUGAGGCACGGAUUCAGCUCGGCUUGGAGCCAGCUGACCUCUUAAUUGCGAAUCCAAAUAAGAAGACAAGACUUGGAAAUCAAGUGGGCUACCGGCUAAUUACUGGACAGCCAGUUAAUUCUCUACUGUCGGAUGAUGAUUAUCCACAAAUCAGGAAUGCUUAUACAAAAUAUCAAGUGUGGGUGACUGCCUAUAACAAGUCAGAGAGGUGGGCUGGUGGGUUUUAUGCUGAUAGGAACAGAGGAGAAGAGGGAUUAGCUGUUUGGACCCGCAGGAAUAGAGCGAUUGAAAACAAAGACAUUGUUCUAUGGUACAUCGUCGGAUUCCACCACAUUCCAUACCAAGAAGAUUUUCCAGUGAUGCCCGCACUUCAUGGUGGAUUUGAGCUUCGACCUGCAAACUUUUUUGAAAGCAACCCAUUGCUCAGACAGGAGUAACUUAUGCUAAGCAAUCCUUUAACAUGCUAAAGAAUUCUUGGCUUGCCCCCUUGUUAACAAUACCAAAUUUCAAUGUCGUCCAAAAACCAAAAAGAAAGAAAGAAAAUCAAACAUGGUUGUAAUCUUGAACUCAAAACAUUACUCAAAUGAACAACGUAUUAAUUCUUUAUGAA